UAUCAAUUUUUUUUUCUCAGAAUCACAUUUUCUGUGAAAAUUUGAGUCUAUUUUAGCACAUUCUUGCGCGUUACCAAUUCUUUAUUUUUAAUUUAAAAUGGAUCAAGUUAUUGCUUUUACCGACCCCGGAAAGCAGUUCGCGAAGGACUCUCUGCGUUUGGUCAAAAGAUGUACAAAACCCGACCGCAAAGAAUUCCAGAAGAUCGCGAUGGCGACUGCGAUCGGUUUUGCAAUCAUGGGAUUCAUUGGAUUUUUCGUCAAGCUUAUCCAUAUCCCGAUUAACAACAUCAUUGUGUAA